CAUGAAGAUAGAAGAAACAUUCAGAGUCAAACAUGAAGAGACUGAGACACACACAGACCUGAAAGAAGAGAGUGAAGAACUGAAAGAAAUACAAGAUAAAGAUCAGUACAAAAAACACCAUGAAUUCAUAACUGGACAAAAAUCAUUUAGUUGCUCACAGACAGCAAAUACUUCCUCACAAAAAAGAGCUCGAAACACUAGAUCUAGAAGUAAUUUCACCUGCCAACAGUGUGGAAAGAGUUUCAGCCAUCAAGGAAAACUUAAAGUCCACAUGAGGAUUCACACUGGAGAGAAGCCUUUCAUCUGCAAACAGUGUGGAAAGAGUUUCAGCCAUCAAGGAAAACUUAAAGUCCACAUAAGAAUUCACACUGGAGAGAAGCCUUUCACCUGCUCUCAAUGUGGAAAGAGUUUUACUCAUAAAAGCACUUUUAAUGCCCACAUGACUAUUCACACAGGAGAGAAGCCUUACACCUGCUCUCAAUGUGGAAAGAGUUUUACUCAUAAAAGCACUUUUAAUGCCCACAUGACUAUUCACACAGGAGAGAAGCCUUACACCUGCAAACUGUGUGGGAAUAAUUUUGCUGGAAAAGGAAGCCUCAGAAGGCACAUGAGGAUUCACACCGGUGAGAAGCCUUACACAUGCUCUCAGUGUGGAAAGAGUUUCACUCAACAAGGAAACUUUAACAGUCACAAGAGAAUUCACACUGGAGAGAAGCCAUUCACAUGUAAAUUUUGUGGAAACAGUUUCACACGACAAACAAACUUUAACGGGCACAUGAGAAUUCACACCAGAGAGAAGCAAUAAACCUGCAAACUGUGUGGAAGAACUUCUACAAAACUAAACCUUAACUAUCACACGAACAGUCACACUGGUGAGAAGCCGUUUACAUGUGAUCAGUGGAAAGAGUUUCAGGCAUAAAGCAACCGUUAAUAAUCACAUGAGGCUUCACACUGGAGAGAGACCUUUUACGUGUCUUCAGUGUAAAAUGUGUUUCACAUAUCAAAAAGACCUCAAACAUCAUUGUUGCAAGCAGGAUGGGGCCGUGGGAAGGGAUUGAGGCCUCGAGUUUCAUGGAAGGUUCCCGCCUCCUUGCUCUGUUCCCACAACUCUCAACCCCGUCCUGCUUGCUACAUGUAAAUUGAUGUAAAAUUUUGGAGUGUUUCAGAUACUGAAGACUUGAUCAGGGCUGCGUUUACCAAAAGCAGCUUAAGUACAUCAUAGACCCAUUGAAACCUCCAAAGCUUACGAUGCUUUUGGGAAAUGCAGCCCAGAAUUUUGUUAAAACAAUGCAAAGAACUGAAUUUCACCAAAUGCCCCGAGUCUCACACUGGAUGAUCAUAAAACUGAGACCUGUCACCACAAAGCCUGAGUAAACUAGUUACUCCUCUACGGAUGAUUUUAUAAACUAGUGACUGUAUAAAAAGAACUCCUCCAGCAUUCUCAACUUUAGGCAAGAUAACCCAAGAUAAAUGAGUCUGGAGACACACAUUCUGAAUCUCACAGGGAAAAUCAUAAGGCAAAAGUGGGAUUUCCCUCUCUCAAGUUAAAGAGCUAAAGCCAGACUCCCUUUUGACCUCUUCCUUGCCUGACUGGAAUCCUCUCUAACGCCGCCUUCACACUGGCAAUUGAAAUCAGCUCCGACACGGCUACAUAACGACCAGAAGUCAUUCAUUUCCUAUGGAGAUUCGCAGACCGCAUGCAAAAUGGCUCCGAACCGGGUCCAAACGAGUGCAGUGCGAAAAAAAUCGUGUCCGUUGGUCAUCCAGAUGCGUUCAAAAAAUUGAACUCUUGCGAAAGGCUACGGACGGUUCCUAUCCGACAAUUCCAGCGGAAGUUGGCAUUGCUAUGGUACUGAUAAACAAACCUGAAUUCUUAACUUUUAAUAAAAUAAAUAAUGAUUUUAUAACGAUAAGUUGUCAUGUCAUUUUUUUAUUUUCAUGAUUUUCUAACAUUAUUAGGGCAGUUAAUACAAUUAAAAUGAAUAUACCACUAUAUCACAUUUAGCUGACCUGACAUGUCAACGUCCUGGGCAACUUUCCUCCACGCAGCAGCCUUCCGAUUGAUGUCUCUAUAACCCUCAUCAGAGAGAUCAUAGAGAACUGCACAUUCAGAUACUGACAAGAUCAAUCGUUCUAAUCUCUCCGCCAUUUUUGUUCUACUCGCUUCCGAAGCUUUCCGACGCUUUUCAGCGGUGUAGUACGACGUCAACUGGGGGCGUAUUGCGUAUUAUGGAGCUGAUUUCAACUGCCAGUGUGAAGGCGGCAUAAGACCCACAGAAACUGUCUUUACAUAUAAAAAUGCUUCAGAUCAUUCCAAAAGGAGGCUAUCAGAACUUCAUUUGAACAGUUCCACAUCAUGUCUGACUGUCGUCCACACAAUACAGUACAUACAGUAGGUGGCCAACCAAAAUGAUCAUUCUGCCGCCACCGCAUCUGCAAAGUGCAUUUGCAACUUUUGACCGCUGAGUGGCGCUUUAACCACAAGU